AGACAGGCUGCAGGUAUUAUUUCAUUGUUUUGGUUCCGUCUCUCUCUCUCUCUCUAAGGAGAGAAAUUCAGCACAAAACGCAACAGCGCAAGCGCAACGCAACGAUCAAAGAAAAGUUUAUGAGGCUCUCUCCACCUGACCGGUAAAUGAUAUAGUUGCCGUGUUUGCUUCGGCUAAAGCAGGAGUCCAAGUUAAAGAAAGCGUCAGAGUCGCAGCCAAAAGCCACAUGAGGUAUGGAGGAUCUCCGAUCCCCUGUUCUUCCAGUUUUGUUUUUCUGGGUUGUGGCAAAACCUAGUCAAAUCCCUAAGCUGCGUUGAGUUUACUGUUGGAUUAUGGAGCAAGAAGUGGUCGGUGAGGCGAAGGUGAAAGGCGGGGCAUUAGAAUGCAGUGUCUGUCACUCUACAUUGGUGUCUCCGACCACAAGAGCGAUUUCCAAGGCGUAUGAUCGGCAUAGAACUAAUGUAUCAUCAAAAACCCGUGCCCUCAAUGUGCUUUUGGUUGUUGGUGACUGCAUCUUGGUUGGUUUGCAGCCUAUUUUGGUUUACAGCACUAAAGUGGACGGUGGUUUCAAGUUCAGUCCUCUUAGUGUUAACUUUUUGACUGAGAUUGUGAAAGUCCUAUUUGCUAUUAUUAUGCUACUGUUGCAGGCUCAAAGACAGAAAGUAGGAGAGAAAUCUUUCCUCUCUGUAUCAACAUUUGUCCAGGCUGCUCGAAACAAUGUGCUUCUAGCUGUGCCAGCGCUUCUUUAUGCUAUAAAUAACUAUUUGAAGUUUAUAAUGCAGCUGUACUUUAACCCUGCAACAGUAAAGAUGUUGAGCAACCUGAAGGUUUUGGUUAUUGCCGUUUUGCUAAAGAUAAUAAUGAGGCGUCGCUUUUCAAUAAUUCAGUGGGAGGCUCUUGCUCUGUUGCUCAUUGGAAUCACUGUGAAUCAAUUACGCUUUCUCCCUGAGGGUACUACUGCAUUGGGGCUUCCAGUUGCAACAGGGGCAUACUUGUGCACAUUGAUCUUCGUCACUAUCCCAUCACUGGCAUCUGUAUUUAAUGAGUAUGCUUUGAAGAGCCAAUUUGACACAAGCAUUUACCUUCAGAACUUGUUUCUGUAUGGUUAUGGCGCAAUAUUCAACUUCCUAGCCAUUCUUGGAACUGCCAUCUUUAAAGGUCCUGGUAGCUUGGAUAUUUUGCAAGGGCAUUCAAAGGCAACUAUGCUGUUGAUAUGCAACAAUGCAGCCCAAGGGAUCCUAUCCUCAUUUUUCUUCAAAUAUGCAGAUACGAUUUUGAAGAAAUACUCCUCAACUGUUGCCACAAUUUUUACCGGCAUAGCAUCUGCCACAUUAUUUGGCCAUACUCUGACUAUCAACUUUCUCCUAGGAAUCUCUAUUGUGUUUAUCUCAAUGCACCAGUUCUUUUCACCUCUAUCAAAAGUUAAGGAUGAAACACAAAGUGAUAGUUUGGAGACGGAUGUUCAGAAUAAUCUAAGGUCAAAGGACAGAUCCUUCGUAAAUAUGGCAGCUGGUGCAAAUGAGGAUGCUAGCCAUCAAGUCAGUCAUGACGAGAAAGCACCCCUUCUGCCCAUUUGAAGAGUUUAUGAAUUGCAGCAUUGGCAUGCUUGAAUAUCUCUCGGGAAUGCAUUGCUGUUUUGGAUGACAUUAUAGUCAGUUAGAAGACACAGCCAGUUUAUUAUAGUAAAGCCGAUAUAAUAAACUCUUGGGAGAUUUUGUUUUUGUUGUGAUCCAUCACAUUCGUUUUGUCGCGUCUGGGUACGCAAAGGUGGGUCCUGGUAUAGAACAAUGAAGAAGGGGGCAAAAUUUUUGUAUUUGUCUUUUAGCUAAAAGGAGAAUAAGUGUUUUCCUUAUAA